UUAUCAAGAUAUAAUUCAGUUAUUUUGAAGAUUUACAUCCAUCAUCUUGUCUGAUCGUUCAAUUGGGAAGACUUACCUUGAAGUUCCGAAUUACAUGAUGAGCAUUUCUUUGCUUCAUUAACCAACUUCUUAGGAUGUUACUUCUGGUCAUCCUUCUUAUCCUUCCCAUCUCCCACACUUCCAACAUCUUCGCUGGAUCCCUCCUUGGUGGAAGUCAUCUUACUGCUCUUUACGACCUUGCCCUUAUCUUAGCAGAUUCUGGACACAACAUAACCUUCGUAAACAUUGUAUCAAGAGGACUGGACAAGUGUGUCCCAUAUCCUAAUAUUCAUGUUGCCAAUAUUGUGGUGUGGGACAGUCAAGAUGAAGAUAUGAUGUGGAAGGAUUGUAUAGCAGAUGUUAUGAAAGGUGACAGUGGCUAUGCAUUGGAAGCGUUUGGACCAAGCUGCAUUGAGGUUUGGAGAGAGGUUUGGAAGAGAUCUGCUGGAGUUUUCUCAGGGGAGGAAGUUUUGGAUAUGUUUAGCAGAAAUCAGUUUGAUGUUAUUCUAGGGGAGAAGGUUGAAAAUACUGGUUUGGCAUUGCUUGGUACCGUUACAAAUGUCCCUGUUGUAAAUUACGAGCCUAGUUUCAUGAUAGAGCUGGCACUGCUUCAUAACAACCUGCCAAUGUUGGUUUUCAGUCAACCCUCUUUACUAUUGAAUCACGGAUUCCAUCGAUCUCCUUCAUUUACAGAGAAGCUAUCAGUGUUAAAAGAUGCUUUUAUAUUCUUGCCUUUUAUCCAGUCAGGGGCUGAAGCUAUGCAGCCCUUCUUGGAAAAGUUUGGAUUCUCCAGUUUACGAGAUGUUAAAAGUUCAGUAAAAUUGUAUCUUACUAACGACCAUCCUGCGUUCACUUUCCCGUUUCUUCGCCCCCCAAAUGAUAUCCCUAUCGGGUGUGCAAACCUUUUGGAAAGUAAACAUGCUCCUAUAGAAUUCUCCCCUCAAAUUGUUCAGUUUUUAGAGGAGUCAGUCGGAAAGGAUGUUAUUUACGUCUCUUUUGGAUCGUAUGCAAAGAUGAGUGAUGUUCCCUGGUUUUCUGAACUCAUAAACAUCCUUAUUGAACUCGAUCUAAGAGUAAUAGUUAAAGUAGAUAAAUAUUGUGAUAAAAUAUUCCCUGAAUCUGUUUUACCGCUUGAUUGGGCACCCCAAAAAGAUCUCCUAAGAUCAGGAAAAGUAAAAGUUUUCGUCAGCCACUGCGGUAACAACGGUAGGUUGGAGACUAUUUUCUACAAUGUGCCUGCGUUGUGUAUUCCCCAGUUUGCUGACCAAUUCAUCAACGCAGAGCUAGUCAAGCUCAAAGGAUUUGGAGAGAGCUUGAUGAAGGAGGAUAUCCCGUAUCGAGCUAGAGAAGUAGUUACCUCAAUGAUCACUGAUCAUGGAACAUAUCAUGGGAAUAUGAAGAAAGCUUCUGAUAUAGUUGAGAAUGAGCCGGGUAAUGUGAGGGAGAACCUCGUGUUUUACGUGGAGCAAGUGGCUGAGUUUGGCAAUGUGGACUAUUUGGUGAAUGCAGUUACAGAACAACAGAAUAUGGCAGAAAUAUACUAUUUGGAUAUAAUCAUACCUGUCUGUGUGAUUGGUACUGCCUUGGUAGGGUUAUUAUGUUAUGCCUUGGUUAAACUGUAUAAUAUGAUGUUAUAUUCCAAUGGAAUGUCAAUAUUGAGUUUAAAGUUUUGCCUUGUUACACCUUUGCUCCUUCUCGUAUUUAACACUCAGAGUGUACGUAAUGUCAUAAAAAUGUUCAGCUUCGGACUUCAGCUACUUUUUGAAAAGUAAAAUUGACGGUCACGUGUUUUUUAAAUGUUGAUUGGGACCGAUAAAAUGAUAAAAUGAGAAUAAUCAUAAUGUAAGUUUUUUAUUUGGAUUUUAACCGCUUUAUUUCUACAACACUCAGGGCAUUCGAUUUUGUAGCAUAUAUUUUACGUUUUCUAUUUCAAGAGUUAUUAAGCCCAGCUGUUAUCUCUAUUCAGGACACGCACACUUCCGCCUCGCAUUUAACACACUACUUCUACUCCUUAAUCAAACCAUAUUUGGCUCCCACGUUUCGCACUUCUCAUUGGUCAGUACCAUUCCCGCCAUUUCGCGUCACACUAGAUACAUACCUACACACUUCACAUCAUCUACCUUGUUCACCGUUGUAGCAUUCCACGCUUUUGUAAUCAUGUGUAGUAUAUUUAGUCUUGUAGUAGUUCUAGGAGUGUACGUUAUUGCUAUAAAAGUUUGUCGUCGUAUGAACUAAUUUUUUUUAUGACUUUUUGUAUCGCAUUUUUGGAUAAAGGUUAUUGAAUAUAAUAUACAAUUAUGUUGUUUUGUUGAUAUGUUGUGUACGUCUGUGGAGUAGUAGCAAGAAGGUAUCGUAUACAUUUUAAUUUGUUCUCUUGAUUAUUUAUUAAUGAUUCAAAUUCUGUAUUUUAUGUAGUGUCGGGCCGACCCUACAUAAAAUACAGAAUUUGAAUCAUCGGCACCAAUGUAAUUAAUAUGGUUUUACCACCGUGUUUUGGUUCAGCCGAAAUAAAUUUUACUAUGAUGUUUACAUAAUGUUUCUCACUCCAGCUGCAGUCUGGUAGUGUUGAGUCUCAGGAAUAUUUUCUAGCUCUCACUUUCCAUGUUUUUGCCUCACAGGAGAUAUUGUGGUCUUUUCUAAAUAUAACUGUAAUACAUUGAUGUAAAGUUUAUUUGAAUUUUGAAAUAUUAAAAAAAGAAUUGAAAAUAAUUAUACACUAAUUUUG